AUGAGGGAGUUCAAAAGAUACAAUCAUGACGAACGUCAUCACAGAAAACAUUACAAUAGGUCAUAUGGAAAAUACAAUAAUUCCAAUAGGAACGAUGAGAAUAAAACGAAUAGUCAUUACAACCGAAUAAACAAAAACAAUGGAAGAGGACCAUACAAUAAUUACGAUGAAAGAAUAGCAGGCAACGAACGGAACAGCCAAGUAAGAGUAAUGAUAUCGAACUUGGACUAUACUAUUUCAAAGAACGAUUUAGUGGAAUUAUUUAGCAACGUGUGCAAGGUUGUAAAUGCUUGGAUAAAUUAUGACCAUACCGAUAGAUCAGAUGGAACAGCGGUGUGUAUUUUUGAGAAUAUAAGCGACGCACAAAAGGCAAUAGAUAAAUAUGACGGUUCAGAAAUUGAGGGACUGUCCAUGAAAAUGGAAAUAAUGCAUAGAAGAAAUUAUGGCUAUAGAAAAAAAUAUAAAAGCAGGUGUCCCUGGUAG